AUGCUUGCUCUGCGGCCCGCAGCAACCAACGAGAAGGUCCAAAAGCCUGAGAAAUCACAAACAGACCAAGAAAAGAUGCCACGUUUCCAACCGCAUAUUAGCAGCUCUCAAACAGCAAUGCCUGUGUCGAUGAACAUAUUACCUUGUCGAAUUCACCACGAUGGCUCGAUAGAAGCCUCGAAAAGACAUUGGAAUCCUGUUCGUGACGAAGGUACUGAUGAAAUUUCAACGGCAUAUUUCCGUGGUCGAAAGUUGCGUGGCCGUCCCGUACUCCUUCCGGACGGGUACCAUGGUUUGGUGGUAACCAAACUACCACAAAAUGAAACUGCUAUCAAACGCAUAGUGGGAGAUGAAAAUGUCGACGAAGAAAAUGAAGAACCCCUUUCUCAACUCGAGACAGUUGGGACAUUUUCUACACUUACAGUAUGGGAGCAUGAGAAACUUCCAACUGACGACGAUGUGUACGUUCGAUCUAUGGAAGAAUGGGUAUCUUUUGCACAUUCGAUACAUGAUGAUGGAACCAAAGUUGAGCAACUUGAAAAUUGA